AUGGCCUACGUCAAUGGCAACCGACCAGUCGAAUUCGACGACGAUGACCGCGAUGAGGAGGCCCUCGUGGCCGACUAUCAGGAACAAGUCAACUAUGAAGGUGGCGAGGGACUCGAACGUGGGGACAGUCUCGGUGGCCCAGCAGAUUUAAGAGCACAACUCGAAGCAGCGGCUGCACCUUUAGAGUACCAGGCUUCGCUCGAAACGAAAUUCUCGUCGUACGAUAACUACUGCUCACUAUUCCACUACAUUCUCAAUUCAGAAGGCCCCGUCGACAUCGAGCAGCCCUCAUAUUACUGGGCCUGGGAUGUGAUCGACGAAUUUAUCUACCAAUUCGAGUCCUUCUGUCGCUAUCGCAAUCGCGUAGCCCGCACGAACCCCGGCGAUGAAGAAGCCCAGAUUCUCCGCGAGAACCCAAACACCUGGGGUUGCUACUCCGUCCUCAACGUCCUCUACUCCCUCAUCCAGCGCUCCCAAAUCAACGAGCAGCUCGCAGCCCAGAAGCGCAAUGAAGACCCCGCAAACGUCGCUGGCGAGUACGGCUCCCGUCCUAUGUACCGCAUGCUCGGCUACUUCUCCAUCAUCGGCCUCCUCCGAGUCCACUGCCUACUGGGCGACUUCAGCCUGGCGCUCAAAACCCUCGACGACAUCGAGAUGAACAAGAAAGCCAUCUACAUGAUGCUACGCCGUUACGCCGACGCCGUGCGCAUGUUCAGCCACAUCCUCGUCUACGUUUCCCGUACCAAGAAUUUCCAAAAGGGCGGCAAUCAACAAAGUGGCUACGACGCUAUCGCCAAGAAGACCGAACAGAUGUACGCGCUCAUCGCCAUCUGCGUCUCCUUCGCACCUACCCGCCUCGAUGACACGAUCCACACCGUCCUCCGCGAGAAAUACGGCGACAAGUUUAACAAACUCCAGCGCGGCGGUCCAGAUUCGCUCCCCGUCUACCGCGAGCUCUUUCAAACCGCCUGCCCCAAAUUCAUCUCCCCCACCCCGCCAGACUUUGACAACCCGAGCCUCAACAUCGAUCCCGUCGAGCACCACACCGAGAUCUUCAUGGACGAAGUCAAAAACACCCUCUUCAACCCCACUGUGAAAUCAUAUCUCAAGCUCUACACGACCAUGGACCUGAAGAAACUCAGCAGUUUCCUGGAUGUCGAGCCGGAGAAGCUGCGCAGCUGGCUUCUGGUGAAUAAGCAGCGAAGCAGGCAGAUUCGGUGGACGGAGGGCGGGUUGUUGGAUGGAGAGGUUGUGAAUGGAAGCGAGCUAGAUUAUGCGGUUGAGGGGGAUCUGAUUCACAUCAGUGAGGCGAAGCAAGGAAGGAGGCUUGUGGAUUGGUAUCUGAGGAACUUGGCGAGGGCAUAUUGA